GAGUCGAACGUGUUCGUUGCGUCUGACCUACUUGACUACACCUUCUUUGCAUGAACGUUCAUGGCGUUUGAGGGCCUAAGGCGGAUGGAUAUAUAGGAUCGUCCAUCACGAGGAUCUGAUGUGAGUUCAAGCUUCAUUCAACUCUCUCAGGAGGAUUUAGGAAGCAUCGAAGGACGAGGAGUACACUCGUAUCAUUCGUCACACUCAAUUGGGGAGGAUGUCCAGUGCCACUCAGACUCAAGCUCAAGAAAGCUUGUGCUUGACACCACAGCUUCCCCGAAUGUCUUCUGGAGCGGACCGAAACUCCCGUUCAUCGCCCGUGCGGAGGAAAGCGGGCAUACUCAUCCGCAGACGAGCUGAGAAGGAUGACGCUCAGUCUCGGAUGAGACAGUGGAUGGAGACUGACGAUACCUGCGUCGUAUUUGAUGCUCCUCCAUUGUAUUCGCACUCGUUUCACGUGAGUCUGAGCCCCCGACGGUUGGCGAGCAAAGGCAAAGCUUUGAUUCAUGAAGAUGAUAUACCCCCCGGAUUCGGAUUCAUCGCCAAGCAGAGGAAUAUGAGGAGAUGCGGCCAAACCCAGUUGCAAGUGCAAGUGGCUUCAUGCCACAGGCCAGUGGAGGAAUCCUCGUUGAUGGAGCGUUGUGAAUCAAAUGCGCAGGCAAGUAGACUUGGCCCUCCAGAUUGUAGCUCGCGGGUCAAGGAAUCUUCCAAUCCAGACGACGAAUUAAAAUCCACCGCCUCAUGUAAUAAGCAUUGGGUGGGUCUGAAUGACAGUGAGGACGAUGCUUCAAGCGUCCAUAACGUAGACAGCGGUGAUGACGAUUCGCAUCUCGUGGCCACUUCCCGGAGUACUAGUGACUAGACUCAAGAUGGAUGUCCAACCCACUGCUCUUAUUUUUUUUUCUAAAAAUUGGUAGCGCUUUGUAUUUAUGUACCCGAUAGUGUGAUGCUAACAUUGAUGCUCUGGUAUGAACAUCACUGGAAUGCCACUGUGUAAGUGACACUUUGACUAAUUAGGUGUUUUUCCCUUGUUCAUAGUAUCUCCAACUGAAAUCCAAGGUUUUGUUACUGGUGCACUCCAUUGAGUGCAUAUCAAAUAUUUAUAGAAUGAUUUUAC